GCGGACACGGCGCCCAUAACAAGCCAUUUAGUUCCCAUCAUUUCAGUGCUUUUUGUCCCCUCCCCUCUAGACAUAGACAAAAACACACACCUUAUAAUAAUAGGGGCGCGCCUCCGACACAGCCGCCGACCAAUAACCCGUCUGUCUGGGCUGAGACCAAGGGGAUGAGCGCUCGUUGAGGCCCAAUCAGAGCUUUUGUGUUGCCUGCCGGUGCCUGGUCGUGAGGAGCUACUGCAGCGCUUCAGGAUCGGAAAGAGAACCCUGAGCUUGUGGAACCUGAGGGGUAAAGGCGAGUCAGUUUCCAGGAUGGAGCGGAUGUCUGAGGAGGCGCUGAGGCUGAACCUGCUCAAGCGGGGCCUGGAGACGUCCGAGGAGCGUGAAGAAGCCCUGGCCAAGCGCCUCAAGAUGGAGGGCCACGAGGCUAUGGAGCGCCUCAAGAUGCUGGCCUUGCUCAAGCGCAAGGACCUGGCCGCGUUGGAAGGGGCGGCAGCGGUGGCUGCCGGAUCCCUGGACGGCAGCAAAGGGGGGCCGGGGGGGAGCCGCCACCACCACCACCACCAAAGUAUGCUGGCAGGCGCGGCAGCGGCCUAUGAGGAGAAGAUGAACGGGAGGCUGGGGGGACACGGAGGCCCCAGUAAGAAUGGCAAGGAGAACAUGGUGGACGAACCAGUGGACUUCAGCGCCAGAAGAGGCGACGUGGACCGUGAGCGACACACUCCGUCCCCGGACGUGAUCAUCCUGUCGGACAACGAGGCAUCCAGUCCCAGAGGAACGCCCCACCCCGGAGAGAGGCUGCACCAGGCCAACCUGGAGAUCUUCAAGGGGAAGAAUGGCGACGAGCGACAGCAGAUGAUCAAGGCUCUGAGGGAAGAGCUGCGUCUGGAGGAGGCCCGUCUGGUGCUGCUCAAGAAGCUUCGGCAGAGCCAGAUCCAGAAGGAGAACGUUGUGCAGAAGGUACCUGUGGUCCAGAAUAGCCCCUCUUCGGUGCAGCCGUCCCCCAUCCACAGUUCACAGGGGAUGGGAAAGCUGCCGGUGCGCCCUGGCAUGCACACCCCAGAGCCCCAGAACCUCCGCACUGCACAGGGUCACACAGUCAUCAGGUCGGGGGCCAACGCCUCCCUGCCCCCGAUGAUGAUGUCACAGAGGGUCAUCGCCCCCAACCCGUCCCAUCUGCAGGGCCAGAGAAUGCCCUCCAAGUCUGGCAUGAGCCGCUCUAGCACGGGCAGCAUGAGCAACGUCAGCUACCAGCAGGCCACUAGCCAGCAGGUGACGGCGUCCCAGCGUUCGGGCUCCUCUGCAAUCUACAUGAACUUGGCCCACAUGCAGGCGGCGGCUGGCGGCGUGGCCGGUGUGGGGAUGGGCAGCGGCGGAAUGGGCGCUGUUAGCCCUUCCACCAUGUCGAGCGGCACAGGUGGCGGCAGCAGCUCCGGCGUGAGUUCCCUGGCGGACCAGGCCAGCAGCCAGGCGGCAGCCAAGCUGGCCUUGCGCAAACAGCUGGAGAAGACCCUGCUGGAGAUCCCGCCGCCCAAGCCACCAGCCCCACUCCUGCACUUCCUGCCGUCGGCGGCCAACAGCGAGUUCAUCUACAUGGUGGGCCUGGAGGAGGUGGUGCAGAGCGUCAUCGACAGCCAGGGAAAGCUGCGGGGGGCGCUGUCACGCAUGGAGCCCUUCUUCUGCGCCCAGUGCAGGAUCGACUUCACCCCACACUGGAAGCAGGAGAAAGGCGGGCGUAUCCUCUGCGAGCAGUGCAUGACGUCCAAUCAGAAGAAGGCCCUGAAGGCGGAGCACACCAAUAGGCUGAAGAACGCAUUCGUCAAGGCCCUGCAGCAGGAGCAGGAGAUUGAGCAAAGGCUCCAGCAGCAGGCAGCCCUCUCCCCCAGCACGGCUCCGACUGUUCCCAACGUCGGCAAGGCUGAGACCAUGAUCCGACAUCACGCCCUGCGUCAGGCUCCCCAGCCUCAGGCCUCCAUGCAGCGGGGUCUCUCCAGCUCGGCGAGGGGCGUCCUCUCCAACUUCGCCCAGGCCUCCCAGCUCUCCGUGGCCAGCGGCCUGCUGGGGAUGACGGGGAAGCAGCGCUGUGGAGGAGGUGGUGGUGGCGGAACUAGUGGCGGCGGUGGCAGCAGUCGGAUCCAGCAUGAUGGCCGCCGCCAGAUCUACAACAUCCCCGGUGGGUUUUUGAGAACCCCUUAUGGGUUGAACAUUGCCUACCUGAACCAAGGAGGGGUCGGGGCCAACAAAGGCUCCAGCUUAGCGGACCGCCAGAGGGAGUACCUGUUGGACAUGAUCCCGCCACGCUCCAUAUCACAGUCCAUCAACGGACAAAAAUGAACCCCCACCCUCCCAAUCCCCACCCCAAGGGCCACCUUCAGCCCCCCCCCCCCCCCCCCCCCCCGCCACCAUGCCCUCACAAAAAAAAACUUGACCACCUCCCCCACCCCAUUGCAUGCAGUGCCUGUCCGUGUGCCUACCUAAACUAACCCAUGAGAAACGACACAAUCAGCCUGAGAAACGACACAAUCAGCCAGACAAAAGACAACCAAACUGUCAGUGCAUCUUCUCGACUUUCUUACUAUAGCAAAAAUUAAUGCGAAGACUCAAAUUAUUUGUACUACUAUUAUUAUUAUUAUUAUUAUGAUUAUUGUUACAGCUUCAGUUACUUAUUAAGCUUUUCUAUUGUUAUUCUACGUAGAGCGCCUCACUUUCAAUUCAUACCCUUACUUGUAUUUAUUUUGGGGGGAGGUAGGGGGUACUGUUGCAGGGUUGCUUUAGGAUAUCUUUGUUUUUCUUUUCACAUUAAUUUUAUUUUAGUUCCUCCCCUGCUACACUCCAUAUGUGCGGUUCUUUAAUUUAAGAUUUUUAAAGCAUCAAAAGAGAUGGGCAUACCGCUAUGUAAGAGAGAGAUCAUGCGGAAUGAACCGGAUCCACCUGGACACUGGUCCAAUGACUGACUGCCCUGCUUUGAGUGGACCAGCAAAGAUAAUGGAUCAUAACCAGGAAGCACUAUUAAUAUUUUUGUUUGACACAGUAUUAAUGGGAGCAAGGACAGGAUCCACAAAGUGCGCACUAAGGUGUGGAUAAAUAGAUAAACUAAUCAAUUAAAUAAGCACAGGAAAGUACACCGGUGUUUGCGGAGAGAAAAAAAUACAUGCCGUGUCACCAGUUGAGGCCAUGGCCUGCAGAGAGGAGGAGCGUGACAGCCAUUUUGGAGUCUGGCGUAUCGUCCCAUCUCGGUGCUCGGCACUGGCCUGAAAAUGGGGUCAUGAAAGCUGCACCCAACAUCCCUCAUUGCCCCUCAAUGCCUCAAGUCCAGAGACUUCAACCCUUUCUAAACCCAACUUCCUUGUGGUACCGUGAGGGAAAUGGUGAGGACUCGAGCUGGCGGUGGCACAUUUUUAGUUUUCUUCUUGUUGUUGUAGGGUUUCUUGAUUGUCGUUUUUCGUUUUUUUUUGCGGCGUCUCUAGAAAAGGCUGCGUAUCUCAGAGGUACUUGCCCCAGGAGACGAUAAUUAUCAAAAAAUUGUGAACAGAUUGAAACUAUUCAAAUAUCUAUAUGGAUUAUGUAUCGAUGACAAGCUUGAGAGAAAGGAGACUGAUAUGGAUUUAUCUUUAAAAUGGGAGAGACGUGGAUCAAUCAUCGUGUUCAGGCAAUGCACACGAGAUGCCUCAUUCUCGAGGAGCACUUUUCUUAUUAUGAAUAAAAUAAAGAAAUUUAAAAAAAAAAAACGUUUAAAAAGAGAAUAAGAAUGUUACAAUUCACAGGUCCCCCAAGGUGCGGAUGUCAUCUGAUUGUCUACAAGAGAGUCGGGAGAGACCAUUGUCCAGAGUGUUCAUGUGGACUGUAUCAGAUGACUUUCAAUUGGUUAACCCUCUUACUUUUGUCAAUGAUUUGAACAAGUUUGUUAACACUGGCAGUGACAAGUGAUUUAGUCCAUUUUUGCCCCCCAUUGACCUUUGGGACGUCGGUCAUAUGAGCAUGGUCUCACACUCCUGUCAACACUUACCACUGCCACGUACAUUUCACCAGCAGCACUUUCUGUGUUUGUUUGUUUUUCGGUUUGGUUUUGAAGUCCCGUAGACUCGCUAAGCCAAGUUUGCUACAGGUCAUAAAAUACAUUUAAAGCAGUGUUCAGUCAAUGUGCAGUAUUUCUCAGAGGUAGACCAGCGGAUCUUCAAUUCAUUUGGGGUUUGUCUGGCUGGCAUAGGAACUAAGUAUUUACAUGUGCGUCCAUGUAGAAGCUAUAAGGGGUUUAUGGCUAGUGUUGGGAAGAUCAGACAGGACUUUUAGUUUGUGCUAGGUUCAACGUCACAGGUUUCAGUCUUUAUUUCAGGCUUUUAAAGGAUUGUUGAAUUAUUUACUGCUGUAACUGCUGUAAACCAUAUUUUCAAUCUUACCUCUCACUGUAUCAGGAAUUUAGGUCAACUGUUGAAUGACAUAGAAAAUGUGCAUCUGUAGGCCAAUGGCUCAACAGCGUAUUAUGUCAGUAUCUGGUCAAGUAGGUUGCAGAAUCAGGGGUUAUAGGGCACAUCACCAUCCUGAUGGCCAUAGAAAGACUUAAGUAAAGCCAAAGGACCAUGGAAAGAUCCAUGGCAACACUGCAAUAAUAUUGGCACUUAAAAAUAUCUCACCUGUAUUGUUCACUGGCCUCAAAGAGUUGUGGAAUUUGGAGUUUGUCAUCCUCUUACACACUGACAACCUGUAAGGUUUGGCUGAGAGUUUAUGGCAUUACAAACACUGUUCGAGUGGAAGCUUUGAGGAGCUGAACCAAUCAAGAUGGAUUCUUUGAAAUGGAGUAAUCAACUGAUUAGAUCAAUCUCAUGAUAUGUAACACUCUACUAUCAUUAGGUGUGCACAGUUUAGCAGGCCUGACAUGACAGGUUUACAUUAAAUUGGGUGCAAGCUCUGCACACUAGAUACAGAUUUUGUGUAUCAAGUGAAGUGCACUCAUGCAGUGGCCUAUGAAAUCUCAAGUCCCCUUUCCUAGUUCUCGUAAGUUAUUUAUACUGAAUACACACCAAGUCAUUUAUGAAACUACCUUUUGGUUUGAUUGGCAGGUGCAAUAUAUAGAUGUGAAUGGAAGUUUACAUUCAGAAGAGAUUUGAUUUUGUUGCUUAUACAAUUGUCAAUCAAGUCCCUCUUUUGUGGUUGGCUAGAAUAGGAUGUCAUGACUUUUUUUUAUAUCGGGGUACAUUUUCUUUCCCAUCCCCUCAUAUGUUUGAUUUGGCUGUCUCAUUUUUCUAUGUCCUUUUGCUAUGAAGCUGGACUUGUAUAUUGAAGCUCCUUUCUCUCUUGUUCUCUCUUGCAGACUAAUAGACACAUCCACACACCUUUUGUAAUUUCAACCACAAUCUUUUUUUGAAAUGUCAACUGUUUUAGGGUUUUUAAAUGUCCUAUUUCUGAUGUCUCAAUUAAGUAUUUUUGUUUUGUUUGUUAUGUUUUACGUUUUCAAGAAAAAAAUCAAAUUUAAUCAAACAUUUUAUUGACUGAAAUAAAAAUUACAUGAUAUUUGCUAUGUCAGAACUAAUAAUGACUUAAUGUACAUAUGCUUUUUUUUUCUCACUUCGAUAAAAAAAUUAAUGGUAUAUUGUGUAGAAAAGCAAACAAAAAGCCAUGAAUAUAGUGAAAGUUGUCAUUUUGUUUUGUGAUCACUGUGUAUUAUUGUGUAACAAAUGUGCAAAAUGUAUGGGAUUAUUAUUAUUAUUCUUUCUUUUAGACACAUUUUAUCCCUGAAUGUAUGUAUUUUUUAUUUUUUAUAUAUAUAAAAAAAAUGUUGUAGUGUUUGCCGGAAAAGUGAUCAUUGUUCUGAUGGAGUUUGAAUCCAUUCCACGGGCUUUGAGCUUGAAUGUCAGGUUCACGUAUGUUUGUUGUAUGUAUGUUCUAUUAGAAACUCAACACUGUUCAGUGUAUUUUUUUACUUUGGAUGAACCCAUGCAGACUUAAUUUGUGAGGACGUGGCAUGAUCAAACCACUGACAGACAGUAUUACCCCGGAGGAGUCAUCAAAUCCACAGAUCUCACUCUGAAACAGCUCUCUGUGUUUUGUUGAUUUCAAUUUCUGUAUUAAACUACAGGGCUAACCAUGUCUGAAAUGACAGGUAUAAAAAUUACAUUUCCUUUUCUUUCUUCCAUAUGAAUAUGAAAAUAUGCUCAUGUUUUCCAUUGGAAAAUAUAAAUUGAAUUAAAGUAAAAUGUUUUUAUUUGUUUUUACCUUUUUAAAAUCUAAUGUACUAGGAGCUGUUGGAGAUGAGAGAAAUCUUGUCCUUAUCACCUUUGUUCUGGUCAACAUUUGUUUUGGGGGAAUUAUCAUGUUUCAAACUGACUCCCAUAUAAGUGAGUUCAAGAAUAGGGUUAUGUCUAAAACAUUCUAAGGCAGAUAAAGCUGCCCAUCAAGACCGUGUCAUAGUUAUGGGGUGUACUAAUUGGGAUGUUAUUCUUAUGGAGGAUUGAUCACAUUUCCUGGCUAAACAAAUGUAUUAUGUUAUUUUAUUGGUAUCCUUUAAUGUACUCUUGGCAUAUUAGUUAUUGUUGGAAAUACAGGGAACUUUUGAAGGGGGGGGGGGGGGGGGGGUGUAUUCAUUGCAAAUAAUUUUCUAAAUUUUCAAGGGAAUAUGCUGAAGUUUUUCUUUUAUACAUGUAAAAUGAACAGCAAUUCCUCAGUUUAAACAUUGCAUAAUGUUGAUGUUGUAAAUUACAUUUGUGAGAAAAAAAAUGUCAUGGAGUCAUUAUCAAUCUGUAUCAAUUGAAUGGACAUCUGGGGAAUGGGUGAAAAGAGAAUUCAUUUUUAUCCUAGAAAAUAAAUCCCUUUUUGUUUUUUAUUUCAAAUAUAAAUCCUGACCUUUUGCACAGUCUUGAUAUUUAACUGUCUUCAAAGAAAAAUUAAAAUAAAAAAUAUUAAUGCUGUUUGAAUACUGCCAGUUGAUUAAUAACGAUUAUGCAUUGACUGAAAAAAUAAGCUAAUUUUGGAGGAAAUAACUUUGUAAUAUUUAUCUCUUGCAAGCUAUGUUUAAUAAAGGAUGGAACGAUUUA